UUGUCCCGGGGUCUACGUGGCGGCGCUUACGACAAGGUCGGCGCGCACGGCGCGAGUAUCUCAGUAUCGCGCGCCGCUGGCUCAAGCCAGCGCUUAGCCGGGCCCGGUGCUCAGUCGUUCGGCGCCCGCCGCAUCGUUCGAACGUGUUGUUUGGGCGCGGUUCAUCGACCCGACGCGCUCUGCCGCUAGCUUCCCGGUUUCGUGACAUUGAAAGUUGAGUUCGAUUGGUCAUCCCGUGCUGCUCUUCAAUAGGCCCUCUCAGCAGUUGGCUGUCUGGAUCUCCCGCUUUCGGCUGCUGUAAAGUACGUCAUCAGCCGCAACUGUACUCUUCGUCCUACUCUGUCCUUCUGCAAUUCUUGUUCAGGUGGCUACCCCGAAGGUUUAUCGUCUGCAGGCUAUAUUUUGCUACUUUUCAACUACUGUGUUCACGAAGCCCGCGUUCACACUCUUCACCGAAGCUCCUUAGUGGACAGAAGAAAGGAUCUGUGUCCGAACAAACGGUGACAUAUUUUUACAACAUUCUCUUGAGAACGCACGUUUGUUCUGCUCUUUUGAGCGUUGCGAAAUCACAACUGAGGAAAAGCAAGACGUGAUAUUAUUCCAGGGCUGUCUUAGGUGACUGUCAAUUUCACAAACGUCCAGCAGGUUAACUCUGAAAAGGACCGAUAACCGGACCGAUAGUGUCACGUGCUAACUUGUUCUUUGAAAAAGGGAACCGAUCUUUUGUUGAAUUUGUUAACAGAAGACAGCAAUACUUGGCAGUAGUAAUACUUCCUACGGCCCAUCGGAAAUGUGGUCGUUCGCACACUUAAAACUUGUUGAAGAUCAUCCCCACCACUAUUGCGUCAAUUCUGUUGGUUUGGCGAGCGACACCCUAGACGUUUAGUGGUUUGCGAACAUUGAACUCGCUCUUGGGAAGCCUGCGUUGACUGCAUUCGAUCUCACCAGGCGGGAGUGUUCGUAUUGCGAGGAGUUGCCAAAAGUCAGCCCGUGCUGUUGGCAACCCUUCACUCACCUGUUGCGUGAAUCGUUCGAGCGCUGGACUGGGACCCUUGCACGCAGUCCUUCUUUUGUGCACGGAUGUUCGCGCUCUGCUUCCCUGGCUCAGCAGCCCCGGUGCAAGAAAUGCUGUGACUUUUCCUGAAGCACCGGUGCACGAAACCAGGAGGAAGGAAGUCGCUUUUUCAACUUCCUAGACAUCGGCACAACCGGCGGACAUGUCACUGCUACUGUUGCUACUGGCGGCCAUAUUUGUGUUCGCCGUGGUGCUUGUGGUGACAUACCUGACGUACCGGCGCCUCUACGACAACCUCCAAUUCAAGCCGAAAGUGCUUAACGACAGCCCCGUCCACGUGAAGAUCGCCCCGAGGUCUCCCAGCUCUUCUAACGUACCAUCAAUCACAAUCAGCCAUAGCCUUCCCGAGAUGAAGGACGUAGUGGCGGACGGGGUUCAAGAGACUGCCGGCAAGAAGGUGGCUCCCCUGAGGCAGAUUACGCUCCCGACCGUGCCUACCCGCCAUCUGACCUUCCAGAGGCAGCUGUCGCACCGUCUUGAUCUCUCCACAACUGUGCCAUUCGAAGUGUGCAACAUGCAACAACGUGAGAGCCUCGGCACCGUGGGGGCCAUACAGCCGGAACUGUACGACCAGGAGGGCGUCACUUCCGGCGACUCGAGGCGCGAGUCUACCGACAUGAUGUCACAGGCAACGACCUGCGGCAAGCUGCACUUCGCGCUCAAGUACGACAUCGACCUGGAGGGACUCGUCGUGAAGAUACUGCAGGCCAAGGACCUUCCUUCCAAGGACUUCCUUGGCUCUUCCGACCCUUACAUUAAGCUUUACCUGCUCCCGGAACGCCGCAAGAAAUUUCAGACUCGAGUUCACCGCAAGAACCUGAACCCCGUGUUCAACGAGUCCUUCGUGUUCGCCAUGACAAUGGAAGAGCUCCGCAACAGGACGCUGCAGUUCUCGGUGUACGACUUCGACCGGUUCUCGCGGAACGACCUCAUCGGUCACGUGAUCGUCAAGCACCUCCACGAGCUAUGCGACCCUGCUCACGAGAUGGAGUACACCAUGGAUAUAGUGGGCGUGCCCCAGGAAAAAAUGGACAAGCUGGGAGAGGUGAUGCUCUCACUGUGCUAUCUCCCUACUGCCGGACGACUGACAGUCACUGUCAUCAAAGCCAGGCACCUGAAGCCCAUGGACAUCAGCGGGUCCUCUGACCCCUACAUCAAGGUGAUCCUUGUCUGCGAGGGCAAGAGAAUCAAGAAAAAGAAAACAAGCGUCAAGAAAUCCACGCUCAACCCCGUGUUCAACGAGGCUCUCGUCUUUGAUGUACCACCGGAGAACGUCGACGACGUAAACCUUGCUAUCAAAGUGGUUGACUAUGACAGGGUUGGACCAAACGAGCUCAUGGGAUGCUGCGCCGUUGGACAGUUGGCUAGUGGCGUUGGACGUGACCAUUGGCUUGCCGUCAUGGACAACCCACGGAAACCGACUGCGCAGUGGUACCCUCUAAUAGACAGCCUCCCGGCCGAGCUGGACCCACCGCGAACACCGUCAGUGACCUGUCUAAAGUGAAGAGUUUGUGGGAUCACCCACUGGAAUACAGAAAGGGCUGCUGCUGGCAAUGCUGGGUGCUGUGCCAGCCUGGCUUCUUGAAGGAUUCUGCAAAACGGCAUUGUGCGGGAAAGCGCAGGCUUCAGUCGCUACAAAAAAGUGCUGAAGUGCUGAUUUUUUCUCCACGGGUGGCAUGUGUAAAAAUUGCUUUCUGGGCUGGUUCUGUGCUGAACACAGAUUGACCGGCCGUCGGAAGACUGGAAACUUUGGCGAAGCUGUGCUGACGGGCUGCCACGCCCAUUCUGAGAUCGGUAAACGCAGUGCACAAGCAUAAGCUCAUUGGAAGUGAGCACACCACGUUAUUCCUGAUAGCUCAGCUCUAAGCGUUGUUGUCCUGUGGCCAUCAGAAUGGAUUCGUCGUAAGGACACUCUUGGGCGCCACGUUUGAAACCAUUUAUCCAGGUUUUGAGUGUUUUGCUCUGUAGCGGGAAACAAGAAACUGUCACCAAGGUUCCUAAGCGGAAGGAAGCGAUAUGAGUAAGCUGUAUUGUGUACAUUGUGAUGCGAGUUUCAAGAGCUCAUGAAAACGCAUUUGGCCAACGAGCGGUGUGGCAUAAUGUCUGGGAGUUAUUCUUAUACCAAUCAAAUGUAUGUUAUCGUUCUUUCUGUGUGACUCAUACUUCUGUAAGUUGCCUUGAGUGUAAUUGACGAAUUCCUCCUGUAAAACGCGCUUGUAGCAAACCAUUGGCCGCCACAGCAAGGGCUGCUACACCUUUGCGCUUUGACGCCCACGUGGCAACAGCAGAACCUCUCAACCACUCUUGUCUUAAGAGCAUGCUGACCUUUCCUUUACCCUCCAAAUGUGAGGGCUAUGCUAUUUAUGCCGAAUAAAUUCCUCAUUAGAAGAA